AUGUUUGAUACAAGUGUCACCUGGUUUCUUCCAAUGUAUCCCCUCGAUUUCACCGAGAUUCAUGCAGUGGAAGUGGAAACUGACCUGUUCCAGAAACCAUCUACACCGCCGCUUGAGGUACCGGCAUACGAGAUCAACACGCAAUCUCGUGUGCGACCAUUUGGCAGGGGCCCUGCAGGCUUCCCUGCGUGGCUGAUGGACCGCGUUCACCCCUACAACUUCUUCAUCUCUUCUCAGGACAACCAAGAAGAGAACACGGUGAACGUGACUCGAUGGCUGCUGGACGAGCUGCAGCUGACAGAAGACGACACGGUGAUAGUGAAGAUGGACAUAGAGGGGGCGGAGUGGGCCGUGCUGCACGAGUGGCUGGCCAUCCCCCGCAUGCGCGCCAUCGUGGACGAGCUCUUUGUGGAGGUGCACUACCACCACCCCUCCAUGGAGGCCUUCACGUGGACACCAGACAAGUUCAACCGCACGCUAGAUGAGACAACACGGUUGUUGACCGACUUGAGAAGAGCUGGGUUCUAUGUUCACCCAUGGCCAUAG